GGGUCGGAGAAGGAGGUUAGUCCAACCCGUACUGGCUUAGAGCGCGCUUGCUCGCUGCAACAUCUCAGUCGAUCCUCUCCAUCACGCUAAUCUGCAGCAUGUCUCAGGCUGAAUUUGAAAAGGCUGCCGAAGAAGUCAAAGUCCUAAAGGCUAAACCAAAUGAUGAUGAGAUGUUGUUCAUCUAUUCCCACUACAAACAAGCAACAGUUGGAGAUGUAAAUACAGACCGCCCUGGCAUAACAGACUUCAAAGGCAAAGCAAAAUGGGAUGCUUGGAACUCUUUGAAAGGGAAAUCCAAAGAAGAUGCCAUAAACGCUUAUAUUCAAAAAGUAGAAGAACUAAAGAAAAAAUACGGAAUAUAAAAGAAAUUGGAUUCAGUCAUCAGCCAUGCAUUUGCAAGCUAAACUAAAAUAAUGUCUUGAUUUCUUAAUCUUGUGGUCAAAGUUAAACAGUGUAAAUAAUGUGUAGCAGCUAGAAUUGGCAUGGCUUCUACAGACCCAUCAGGCUGCAAGACUGUCAAGCAGUAGAGCUGGAGAUCUAAGCAGUUACUAAUCUUUGCUCAGUAACUUUUUAUCUAUAGAUCAAUAAAGUAAGUGUGUUUGUUACUUUAAGCCUUGUGGGCAGCUUAUCAGUUAAGCAAAUUUUACCUUCUCUAUCCUACAUGCUUUGGUUCAUGCCUUUCCUUAUUAGGGACUAAGGGACAAACCAAGCUAAUCUAUUCAGCAAACCUUUAAGCACCCCAAACAUGCAGUGGUCUCCACCAGUGCCUUCCUUUUAAGGUUUGUUACCAUUUAAUAAAAGAUCGUUGUUCA